AAGAAGCCUUUUGUGUUUGGUGCAUCUUCUCGUUUUGGUGCUCCUGCUUUUUCCUCGUUGAAAAAUAAGAAAAAUGAUAAUAAAAAUAAAGAUAAAGAUAAAGAUAUAGAUAAUAAAAAUGAAAAUGAAAAUGAUAACACCAAUGAUACUAAAAACAGCAAAACUGAUCCAUCCAACAUUAAUAGUAAUAAUACCAAAAUUAUUAAACUAGAAAAAAAAAUCAUAAAAUCCGGUGAAGAAGAUGAAAUCAAUGUAUUUCAAUGUAAAGCAAAAUUAUAUGUAUUGGAUUUGACUAAUUUUGCAAAAAGUUGGUCUGAAAGAGGUACCGGCUCACUAUCUAUUAAAAAAAAUUUGAAGAAUUCAAACUCAAGAAUAAUCAUGAGAUCUGCAGGUAUAUUGAAACUAAUUCUAAACUGUAAAAUUAUACAUGAUUUCAAAAUUUUUAAAGGUAUGGAAAGUUCUUUAAAUGGAGAAAAAUUUAUAAGGUUUAAUAAUAUCGAAACUUCCUUAAACAAUGAUAAUCAGACUACUGAAAAAUUCGUUCAAUACGCCAUAAAAGUUUCAAAUGCUGAAGUUGCCAAUGACUUGUAUUCAAGCAUCAUUAAAUUAAUUCCUCAA